AUGAGCAUGCAUCUCUUGACAGCAAACAUGUCCUCCUCACUCUCGCAGCGCUUCGAACGCAGUCUGGCGCUCGGCAAAGCGCUGCCUCCGCUGUCGGACAACGCGGCCAAACUCGAGAUGUAUGCGCUCUUCAAACAGGCCAAUCUGGGCAAGAACACGACCUCAAAGCCGGGUAUGCUGGACUUUGUGGGUCGAGCCAAGUGGGACGCAUGGACCAAGCUAGGCGAUAUGACCCAGGAAGACGCCAAGCUGAAAUACAUCGCCAUUAUAGACGACCUGGCCGCCAAAACGGGUGCAAAAGGACAAGAAGAGGAAGAUGCAGCGGCAGCAACUUCUUCUGCCGGGUCGGAGGAUCUCCUUGUCCAAAUUUUGGACGCCGGGCUAUUGACGAUCCAGUUGAAUCGCCCCAAAAAGUUCAAUGCCAUCGAUAUCGCCAUGUACGAGGGUUUGACCAAGGCACUGGACAGCUCCAAGACGCAAGAUAAAGUCAAGGCUGUGCUACUUAAGAGUACUGGCGAGUAUUUCUCCAGUGGCAAUGAUCUGAGUAUGUUCACGUCCAAUCCGGAUGGACUUUCGCUCGAAGCGAUGGCAGAUAAGGGCGCUGUGCUACUAGAAAACGUAGUCAACACCUUCAUUACGUACCCUAAGCCGAUCAUCGUAGCCGUUCAAGGGCCAGCGGUGGGCAUCGCGACCACCAUCUUGGGACUCUGCGACCUCGUGUACGUGAAGGAGACAGCGACGUUCCACACGCCAUUCACGUCACUAGGUCAGUCGCCUGAAGCUUGCUCCUCGCUCCUUUUCCCGCGUAUUAUGGGACCGGCACGAGCGAAUGCCAUGCUGUUGCUUAAGGAGAAAAUGAGUGCCCAGGACGCUGUGGAUACGGGUCUGGCCACUGCAAUGUUUGGAGCCGCGGAAUUUGACAGCCAAGUACAGGCGAAAGUGGACCUGCUGCUGUCGCGCUAUCCACAGGCGAUACAGCGCUCCAAGGCGCUAAUUCGCUCACCGGCAACAGUGAAGGAACUGCAAGAGAUCAACCACCUCGAGUGCCAAACUCUCAAGGAAAUGUGGCUGGGACCUGAGUGCAUGGAUGCUAUUUUGAAGUUCCAGUCUCGUAAGCAAUAGGUUUGCUGAUAAAAAAACAUGUUUUUUUAGUUUUUAAACAUUU